AAGUGGUCAAAUGGAUUUUUACGUCCUUUUUGAUUUUAUUACAAUAAUUUGCCUCCUUCUGGUGGUGACUUUUGCCGCGGUACGGACGCGCGGAAGAGCCGAAUCCAUGCUUCUCGUAUUUUAUUGUCGCCUCUAACUAUAUGGAAUUUGUAUCGAAACGAAGAGAAUGAAGCUUUGGUUACGUUCAUUUAUAGGUGGAUUUAAGUUAUUUGUUGGGAUCCUUAUUAUUGUUCUAUUUUCUAUUCCUAGUCUCGUUAGUUAUAUAAUAUUUUAUGACACGGUUAUUCCUCAUGCAGUGGUACAAUAUCCUGUAUAUUUUAAUUACACAACUGGAAGCGAUUACCCCUAUGCCAAAGUGAAUUUGGAUCACUUCAGCAUAGAUCCUAGGCUUCCUGGAACAUCUAUCCUUCAAUUGAGUAUCCCCCGUUCUCGACGUAACCGAGAGGUAGGAAAUUUCAUGAUUUCAGUCGACUUUCAUGGAAGAACCGAGCAGACAACGAUAAAAUCUGUUUCCAGAACGGUCCUUUUUCCACAUUAUUCAAGUAUACACGAACAGCUGAAGCUCGUACUUUGCUUUCCUCUUUAUCUAGCGGGGAUCUUAGAAGAGCGGGAUACAGUAAGCGUAAAGCUUUUGGAGUCUGAAAUGUUUGGGAAACAUCGCAGUGCAAUUAACACACUAUCUUCACGUUUCUAUGUUGGUGAUAGUCCUAAGAGUGCAAGUAUUCAUAUCCACUCUAAGGAUAUUGAGUUUUAUGAUGCAACUCUAGCUUUUGCAUCCAAACUACACGGCAUGCGAUGGUUCAUGUAUACACAUAAGGUAUCCGCUUUUUUCGUUUUUACCGCCCUGUUUUGGUUUACUGGGAUAUGUACAACCUUCAUUACUUACUUGAUCAUUUCAUCUACAUCAAAAUCUCGGAAAAGAGUUGCUUAAUGAUUCAAAAUGUUGUAAAAGAAAACAAGAAUAUUUAUGUCUUAUAAACUAGCUAUGAUACGUUGUCACGACACUAAUACCUUGAAUGAGUCCUAUGAAUUUAUGAUUUGAUUGAUGAUCCUCGACACUUUCGAAAAUUAAUUUUGUAGCACUGAUUAUAAUUAUGUUUAUUAAGCGCACAUUAGUAGUUGUUUCCUAGGAAAAGAUUGGCAGAUACGCCCUCAUUAAUAUAAUUGCGUUCAUUAGGCAUACAUUCAUCAUGAAGGUUGAGCCAGGUUGUUUUCAUUAUAUGAUAUUUGAAUUAAAUCUUCGAAAAA